AAGGCGGCGCGUGCGGUGUCCCGGGGUAUUGACAAUUUGGCGGAGCUGGAGCAGUUGGAGCAGAAGGAGCGUGAGGCGGAGGCCGCUCUUCAGGCUGCUACAACGCAGUCGGCAGAGGGUUCUUCCGAGGUCGUCCCCGCUUCUUUGGAAUUAGUGGAUUAUUUGGGGAUGUUGUCGAUGGAUCCUGAGCUGGCAUGAUCCCUAGGCUUUGAUGGAGUUUUUCCACUAGCGCCAUUGAGUUCUUAAGAUGCUUAAUAGGUUCCUAUGUUUUUUCUUUUUCUUCCCUUUUUUCCUAUUGUACCCUAUAGCGUUGUUUGCUGUCUUCUCCUGUUUUUAUUGCAUUGAUGUCUUUUACCUUAUAUUCUUCUUCUUCUCCUUUGACGAUGAUUUCGUCCUGGAUGAAUCUUCCAGUUUCUUCGUCGAUUUGUGCUUUUUCUAGCAGGGAGAUGUGAAAUAUUAGAUGCAUAUGUUUUCCUCGUUUUUCCUGUCGUUCUGGAAGUUCGAGUUUAUAGUUUACUUCUCCGAUUUUUCUUAAAAUUUUAUAAGGUCUAAGUUUCUUAAAAUCAAGUUUGUCGCUUGGCCUGUUUGUUUUGAUGUUUGCUUGCUUGUUUCCUCGUGUGUGUUGGUGGAGCCAGACUAUGUCCC